AUGGCAUCAAAGCUUAAAAUCUUCGUAUCACUUGCAAUUGUAUGCGCCACUCUGACUGUAUCCAUGGCCGGAGAUCCCGACAUUCUCACAGACUUCAUCGUGCCACCUAACGUAGGCGGCCCACUCGACGGAAACUUCUUCACCUUCACCGGAAUGCGGUCACUCGUCGGAGCUCCAUUUCCGGCGACUUUCAAGGUCUCAAAAGCAAGCAUGGCUGAAUUCCCGGCUCUUAAUGGCCAAAGUGUUUCUUAUGCAGUUCUUCAAUUUCCAUCCGGGUCAGUCAACCCGCCCCACACCCAUCCACGGGCCUCCGAGCUCUUGUUUGUUCUCAUGGGUUCUUUGCAGGUAGGGUUUGUUGACACCACCAAUAAGCUGUUUACACAGACACUACAACAAGGCGACAUCUUUGUCUUCCCCAAGGGACUUGUUCACUUCCAGUUUAACAGUGAUGCAAAGAAUCCCGCUUUAGCUGUGUCUGGAUUUGGGAGUGCGAAUGCGGGGACUGUUUCGGUUCCUAAUUCUGUUUUUAAUACCACCAUUGAUAACCAGAUUUUGGCAUUGUCGUUCAAGACUGAUGUGGCUACCAUUCAGAAGAUUAAAUCCGGGUUUUCUGGCUAA